UGAUUUCAACUUACAUGUGCAGGGGCCGAGCUUGAUCUGGAAGGAGUCAUGGACUCCAUGCCUGACCAGGGGCAGGAGGGUGAGGUGGAUCCUUUGCCUAUCCCUUCAAAGAGAAGGAGGGGGGCGACCUUGGGAGAAAGUCUCAGACGAUCAACGAGACUUCUCAGCCUUUAGAUAAGCCUCGUGAUGUGGUUCUAGCUCCUAGGCCGGGAGCUCCUAGUCGUGCGCGAUGUGAGCGCGAGGACUCGCUUCCUAGCUUUGGGUUUCCUUCCACCCGGGGCUAUCAUGAGAUGGGGGUGCUUAAGUUGUUGGUGACCCCCGCUCGAUCCAGAGCGAUUGCAGGGCGCAGCGCAGAUGACAUAGAAAGGGCUGCGGCUGUUUACCUUCAGAGGGUGGUGGCCCUCCAGACCGGACUCGUUGAGUCGAAUCGCCGUCUGGUCUCAGAGCUGAAAACUCUUACUGAAGAAAAGAAAAAGGAGGCUCAUCACCACAAGAAGAAAAUAUCCUCCUUGAGGAAAUCUCUGGAGAUGUCGGACGCUCGAGCUCGUGAGCAAGAGACGGAGAUCGACAACCUACGUUCUGUUUUGGCUCGUGCUCCUAAAGAGGCGGUUGAGAGGUAUAAAGCCUCAGAUGAGUACGCUAUAGAUCUCAAGGCGGCUGUGGAUCAGUAUAAGACAUCGUUCGAUUAUGCUAAGGCUUUGAACUCAUACGGGGGGAAGGCGAUGUCAGCAUCAAUUAAGCUCUCCAAGGAGUGGAUUAUGGCCGAACAUCCUUCUAUAGACCCCUCCGGCUUGGAUAUAUAUAUUUUUUAUUUUUUUUAUUUUUACGGCUCUCUUUCUAGUCGCGUAGGCUACGUCAACCGCAGGGGGCGAUUUGGCGAUUAA